AUGAGUAUGGCUUUAGAAAUGGAAUCGAACACUGCGAAUGGUGCUGAGCCGCAGAUUGCCGGGCCAAUAGACGAGUUCAAUGAACCUGAACCGACAACCGAAGAGCAGUCAAUAUUGGAACAUAUUUCUGAUCGAAUACCGUUAUCAGUCUGGCUAAUUGUCAUUUGUGAAUUGUGUGAACGUUUCGCUUUCUAUGGAAUCUCUGGUCUUUUUCAAAAUUACAUUCAAUUUCCGUUACCUACUGUAAAUGAUACACAACCCGGUGCUCUCAAUCGUGGACAGCAGACUGCCACUGCAUUGACAAUGUUUUUUCGAUUUUUUGCUUAUAUUACGCCGAUCGUUGGUGCUAUACUAGCCGAUCAGUUCUGGGGCAAAUACAAGACUAUUAUUGUUUCAUGUGCGAUCUAUAUGGUUGGCCUUGUUAUACUUCUUCUAACCAGUAUACCACCAUCUAUUGAUAAAGGUGUCGCCUUUCCUGGUUUAAUCAUAGCAAUGGUUAUUUUGGGUUUUGGUACCGGUGGUGUAAAGAGUAAUGUGAGUCCAUUGAUGGCUGAACAAUAUUCUAGGACAAAAUCAGUUGUCAAAGUAAUAAAAGGCAAAAGGAAAAUUAUUGAUCCAAGCGUAACGAUGCAAUCGAUGUUCAAUUGGUUUUAUUGGGCGAUUAAUAUUGGCUCACUUUCACUGAUUGCUACUACAAAUAUUGAAAAGUAUCAUUCAUUUUGGCUUGCGUUUCUUCUACCCACGGUCGCAUUCAUUGCUGCCAUCGUUGUCUUGGUGAUCGGUCGCAAUCAAUACAUUCAAAAACCUCCGUCUGGUUCAUUGAUGAUUCGCGCUGCUCGAGUGACAGUGACUGCCAUUCGAAUGCGACGGAAAUUGGGUAAACAACCAGAUCGGCCAGAUUUGUUGGAUUACGCCAAAGACAUGUCGUCGGCGAGCGAUUUGAAUGAAAAAGAGACGGUUUCAAAAUUAAGCAACAAUGAGUUUAUUGAUGAUCUCAAAAAAGCAGUGCGUGCUUGUCGUGUUUUUGCUUUCUAUCCGUUCUAUUGGAUCUGCUACAAUCAGUUUGGAACCAAUUUAGUAUCUCAAGCUGCGCAAAUGAACGUUGGUCCUCUGCCUAAUGAUAUUUUACAAAAUAUCGAUCCGCUUGUUAUUGUUGUUUUCAUUCCGAUCUUUGACAAAUUGAUUUAUCCUGGCUUGCGACGAUGUAAAAUCAAUUUUCCAGCUAUUUCCCGUAUUGCUGCUGGUUUCUUCUGUGUUUCUCUUGGCAUGGCAUGGUCAGCAAUCGUUCAACAUCUAAUCUAUAUUACUGGGCCGAACUUCGAUUAUGUGCCCGAACCCUGUAAAGAGUGUCAACAAUAUAACAAUAUUACUGUAGCUUGGCAAAUUCCAGCAUAUUUUUUCAUUGCCAUCUCCGAAAUCUUCGCUUCUGUUACUGGUCUUGAGUAUGCGUUUACAGAGGCACCAAAGUCUAUGAAAUCCAUCGUAAUGUCACUUUACUUAUUCACAUCGGCUAUCGGCAGUAUCCUGAAUAUUGCACUUGUACCAGUAUCAGAGGAUCCAAAACUACUGUGGAUGUAUGCAGCGUUGGCAAUUCAGGCAUUCGUCUUCGGUGUUCUAUUUUACUUUGCUUUUCGAAACGAUCAAAAAGUACACGUAGAAGAAGAAGCAGUCACGAAAUAA